AGCCGAGCCAUUGGCCUUUCCCCUUUGCAGCGAGUCAGCCAAUCGGCGGGCAGAGGAGGCGGAACGCGUCUGCGCAGUGCAUCCUGGCUAGCUUCCAGGAGCAGCAACCCCCGAACGGUACUCCGGCCGAUUUGCCUGGCAUCCUGGCCAGGUGCCCUCCACCAGUCACAACGGAAUCUCGGAACCAACUGCACGAAGGCAACGGAAUGCGCGCUGAUUACCAUCAACGUCAAGUGAAAGCCAUCGAGCUCUGAAUAAUUGAGGAGUAUUGAUGAGCAGCAGCCAGGUGAAAUCCUAUUAGUGAAAAUCCAACAAGUUCAAGAGUGCAUCCGGACCACCGAUCGAUCCAUGGAUACGGCCAAGUUGAGCGACUACGGCGAGGCCAAGACGCACCUGGAGCAGCUGCAGCAGACGCUCACGCACCUGGACCACCCGCACCACCACCACGCACACCAUCCGCACCACCACCUGGGGCUCUACCAUGGCGCCCUGCCCAACACAUCCACCAUAACCACCGACUCGGUGGUUUCCUGUGUCAGCUCCACACUGCCGGCGGUGGCCAAGGCCAUUUCCGCAUCCUCCAGCUGCGAUGGCGUGCAGUCGGAGCGCAAAAAGUGCCCCACCAGCGAUCUGGAUUCAGGUGGUCAUGGUCAUGGUCACGGGCAUGGCCUUAUGGAGGCCAUCUGCGCUGGCCAGAAGACGUCACCUAUACCACCGCCGCCACCACCUUGCUGCUUGACCCUGGGCGAAAGCUCAUCCUCGCCGAAUCCCAUCGCCACGGCCGCCCUGAUGAACGCUUCCACCUCCGGAUCCUCCAGCGCGGGUGGAGCAAGUGCCUCUCUCUGCAACGAUCUCACACGGGAAUCUUCCUGGUACGCCCACCAUCAUCAUCACCACCAUCACCAUCAUCACCAGUUGCCCGACGAGCUGGUCAUGUAUGCCACGCCCACUCCCACGCCGGCAAUCGGGAAAUUCGGACUGGACACUUCCACCGAGGGUUACUUGAACGCAAGGUACAAUGUGAAUGUCAAAGGCGUGCGGCAUGAUAGAACAUCGAGUUUCUUUGACAUACCCGCUGUGACGCACCCGCACACCCAUCCACACCCACAUCCGCACCCGCAUCCGCACCCGUACUGCUACAGAUUUCCAUCAUCGCCACCCGCGGGCAUUCUGAAAAAGAGCGACGAAGAAGCCACCUCGGCAGCCGUCUACUGCAGCGACGUGUCCUCCGGCCAGCACUUUCCGCACCACACGAAGAUCGAGCACGCGGACUCCACCACCACGGCGGCACAGCAGCAGCAUCAGCAGCAGCAGCAACAGCAGCAACAGCAACAGCAGCAGCAGCAGCAACAGCAGCAGCAACAACUGCAGCAAGCUGCUGCACUGCAUCCGCACCACCAUCACUCCCACCAUGGCCACCAUGGCCAUCAGCAGGCGGAGCAGCAGGCUCUCACCCACUUGACACCACUCCAUGCCGCCUCCGCUUUCAAAUUUAGCCACACGGCGGUCAUAUCCAGCUCGGCGGUAUAUGCCACGCCCUCGCACUACGCCCACCAACAGCAGACGCAGUCGCAGUCCGUGUACAGGGAUCUCUCGCCCACCACCUUGGCGGCGGUCAGCGAUGCGGAUCUGAAGUACGACAGCGGUCCCUACAACGCGGCCAUCUCAUCCACCUAUCCCUCCGCGCUGCGGCCCAAUGUGGUGGACUCCACCACAUCCAGCGAUGCGGAACUGCGCCUGGAUCAGUUCUACGCCAGCAAUGGCAUCUCCACCAGCAGCAAUGGCCAGGCGAUCAGCCAGCGCAGGGGUUCGUUGCAGCUCUGGCAGUUUUUGGUGGCCCUCCUGGAUGAGCCCACAACCAGUGCCAGUUGCAUCGCCUGGACCGGGCGUGGCAUGGAGUUCAAGCUGAUCGAGCCGGAGGAGGUGGCUCGGCGCUGGGGUCUCCAGAAGAAUCGACCCGCCAUGAACUACGACAAGUUGUCCCGCAGUCUGCGCUACUACUACGAGAAGGGCAUCAUGCAGAAGGUGAACGGAGAGCGCUACGUCUAUCGGUUCGUCUGCGAUCCGGAUGCGCUGUUCAACAUGGCCUACGGUCACCUGACCACCGGUUCUGGCAAGGGUGACCAGCACCAGUUGACGCUGUCGUUGGCGAAGACGCCUCCGACUUCCGGCGACUCCCAGACGCAAUCCCCGCGCGUCGCCAAGUCGGAGUAUUACGAUACCGCCGCAUUGCAUAAAUAUUAACCAUAUAGUCGCCAUAUGUGGGCGGAGCUUUCGAAAGCGGCCGCGUGGGCGUGGCCGUGUCCCGUGUACAUUGUGUAAUCUAGUUGCGUGUGGGGUUACGAAUUCGAAAUGAAGGUUUCGUUAUGAUGAGCUGCGUUGGGAAUAGCUUGGAGGGGUACGAAGGCUGUUUUUCAGUAAUAUCGGGGUCACCAUCUCCUGAAAAUUACAUACAAUAUGGUUUCAAAAUUGCAAUUCUGUUUUAUUAUAAAGUUCUUCGACAUUUUUAUGCACCGUGCCCCUCUCUAGACAACAUAUAUCGAGUUAUUCCAAAGACUAGGCUGAUCAUAACGACAUACACAAAAGGUACUUUACAAUAUUUACAUAUAGCAUAUAUACUUGAGCGCUUAUGUAUACAUAUAUAUAUGUAUCUGUGUACAUAGAGGGGGAUACAGAAGACAGCAGUCAUGUGUCCACCAAAUAUCGUAGUUCUGCAUUGAGGUUGAGUUACUUAAAUAAACUAUUUAGCCAGUUUCCGAUUUCGAAGACCGUGCAAUUUGGCAGAUUAGGAAACCAUGAAACUUCAGUUCAAUAAGGUAACAUUUAAAAAAAAAAUUGUUAAAUCUAAAGUCCACCAAAUUGCAUCGGUUGGAGAAACCGGAAACAGAGCUGUUUGAACCGUUUAUGUUCGUUAAUAAAUGGCAA